AUGGGAAAGCAAAUACCUCAGAGAUCCAAGGCUCAAAAGAAGAUUGACUCUAAAAAGUCACUUGAUGUAGGACUAUAACAAAAGACUCUAGACAUUAGGAAAGGUAAAACUCACAAGGGAAGAAAGAUUCUAGAAAACAGAGCAGCAAAAGUAGUGGAGAACCCAAAAACUGCAAUCUUCAUUAAAGGAAAUAAAUCUAGUUUGACUGUGAACCAAAUCAUGAAGGAGCUUCAUAUUAUGAGAGGUCAAGAUGACAGGUCAAAGCUAUUCAUGAAAAAGAGCCAUGAUAUUCAUCCAUUUGAGAAUUAGGGGCCAUUAGAGUUACUAGCAGGAAAGUAAGACUGUAGUUUAAUAUGCUUUGGAAAUCAUCAAAAGAAGAGACCAGAUAACCUGAUUCUUGGAAGGACUUAUGAUAAGAGAAUUCUUGACGUAUUUGAAUUUGGAGUGUUAAACUUUAAAUCCAUGAAUGAAUUCGAUAUCAAUGAAGUAUCAAGAGAACAAAAACCAGUGCUAGUUUUCCAAGGAGAGCAGUUCGAAUUUUCAGAAAAGCAUCAGAGAAUCAAGAAUUUACUAUAUGAGUUCUUCCACAUGAAUGACAUGGAUGAGGUCAACAUUGUUGAGAUGAAGAGAAUUUUGGUAUUUACUUCUUUAAAUGAAACUGAUAUUCAAGUCAGACAGUUCGAGAUACCAUAAAUAAGUGAACCUCAAGUUUUGAAAUCGAUGAUUGACAUGAAGGAAAUAGGACCUAGAUUUGAUCUUAAACUUAGAAGAGCUUAAGUAGCAGCAAUAGACUUAUAUAAGCUUGCCUGUAGAAAGCCAAAGGUCCUUAAUCCUGACAAGAAAAGAGUAGGUUCAUUGCAUUAAUUGUAACAAAUUUUAGUUCAAGAAAAAUGUGUAUACUACAGAGAUUGGAGAUAAAAGAGCCAGAAAAGCAAAGCCAAAGGCUAAGAAACUGGAAGCAGAGGAUGUUUGAUGAGAAAUUUAUUUAUUUUGCUUUUCAAAGCAAUAAUUAAUUAAUAGCUAAUAAGUAUUUAUCUUAAUUUCAAAAAUUAAAAGUAAAUGAAAAAUUUAUAAGAAAGUAACUCUUAAGCAAAUCCUCCAAAUUAAACUGCAUCAGCUUUAAAUAAAUCUUCUUUGAAUCAAUUGAACUCUUAAAGUGAGGACUAUGGAGCUAUUAAUGAGGACAGCUCAUUAAUGAUUAAGCACACUGAUGAAGAUCUCAAUUGUGAAAAGUAGAGCGAUUAUUCAUUGACUGAUACAUUUCCUAAGACAGAGGUCACAUUAACAACAGCAAAUAUAGUUAAGUCCUUCGUUGGUCUUGGAAUAUUGGCUGCUCCGUAUGGGUUUUAUCAAGUAGGGUACUUGGCAGCUACAAUAAUGAUUUUACUCAAUGGCGCUCUUAACUGCUACACAGUUUAUUUGCAGUCAAGAUGCAAGGAACAGUAUGGUCGAAAGUGGUAGAUAUUUGCUUGCUCUGGAUACAUUAAGUUCUUUAUCUAGCAAAUGGAUUAAGUAAUAAAUUACAUGCUAGGUGAAAACUAAGGAAGUAACCAAGGGAAAUUAUUCUUUAUUUCGUUUUUAAUUCUUGCUCCCUUAAGUUUGAUCCAAAGUAUGAAAAAUAUUUCGUAUAUCUCUAUAACAGCAAUUUUCUCAAUUGGAACUGCACUUAUUUACAUAGUUUAUACUGACAUUUAGGAAAUAAACAGUCCAACUUUCGACAAAAAUCUAAUAUGGUUAAACAUUGAAGGGAUACCAUAUUUCUUUGGUAUUGCUAUGUUUAUGUUUGAAGGAAAUGCUGUGGCUAUUGAGAUUCAUCACCAAAUGGAGGAUGCUCAAAAUAAGUUUGUCCAUUCUCUAGGACUUGCACUAGGAAUUACAGCAUCAUUGAUAUUACUCAUUGGUUGCCUUUCAUAUUCAGCCUAUGGCUAAUUUACUAAUGGCAUUAUUCUUCUCAACCUCAAGCCAUCACUAAUGACAUAUCUUGUCUAAAUAUUCUACUCUAUUGGUAUUAUAUGUAGUUACUGCCUUCAAAUCAUUCCAACUUUCAAAGUUAUGAAGUUGAUUCCAAUUUACUAACAGAUUCCUGAAAGUAAAGAACAUCCUAUGUUAAAGACAUUCUUAACAAGAAUUACCGUAGCAUUUAUUUGCUGCUUAAUCGCCUAUAUUGUUCCCGAUUUGGGUUAACUAUUGAAUUUCUAAGGUGCAAUAAUAGCUACUCUGCUUACUUUCAUCUUUCCAAUUUCCUUUUAUUUUAAAACUUUCAGCUCAGAAAUAGGAACUAAAGAAAGAUAUUUUUGCUAUGGAAUUAUAGUCUAUGGCACCAUUGGAGGUUUCUGGUCAACAAUCUGCUCUAUAAAAGCAAUGUUUGCUUGA